UCAAAAGUCCGCACGGCUCGAUUCAAGGUAAAAAUGGCGGACGAGAAAGACCACGAGGACGAGAAGUCCGACGUGGAUAGUGAAAAAACACCAGAAAAUGAUGAAAAUAUGGUCAACGGAGAUGGAGAUGAUAGUGAAUUUGAUGAUCCGGAGGGAUUUGUAGACGAUAUAACAGAUGAAGAACUACUAGGUGACAUACUCUCCCAGAGACCCAAGGAGAUCGAAGGAACAGAAUCUAUAAUAGUAGUAGAUAACAUCCCAUCUGUCGGCCAAGAAAGAUGUGAAAAAUUGAAAAAUGUCAUUAGAAAAGUGUUCUCUAAAUUUGGCAAGAUUGUAACAGAGUAUUAUCCGAUGAGUGAUGGAUUGACUAAAGGGUACAUGUUUCUAGAAUUUUCUAAUCCCAAUGAUGCAGCAAGAGCUGUCAAGACGGCUAAUGGUUACAAACUAGACAAGCAUCAUGUAUUUGCUGUAAAUCAUUUUGAGGACUUUAUGAAACUCUUAGAUCCUCAUGAGGAUUGGAAACCUCCAGCAAAGCAGGAAUACACUCAGCAGGAAAAUCUGCGUUCCUGGCUACAAGAUCCUGAUUGUAAUGACCAAUAUUCCGUUAUCCAUGGAGAUAAGACCUCAAUCCUGUGGAAUAGUUCACAAGAACCAAUGAUGGUCAAGGAAAGACCUAACUGGACAGAGACAUAUGUCCUGUGGUCCCCUAAAGGAACAUACCUGGCGACAUUCCAUGGACAAGGUGUUGCUCUUUGGGGAGGAGAAGAGUUUAAAAGAAUUAUGAGAUUCAGUCACCCUGGGGUACAACUUAUUGAUUUCUCACCCUGUGAAAGGUACCUAGUUAGUUUUAGUCCCAUUCCAAGCAGCUCUGAGGAUCCCUCAGGAAUUAUAAUCUGGGAUAUAAGAACAGGACUAAAGAGACGUGGAUUUCUUAGUGGAGAUACAUCUCAGUGGCCUGCCUUCAAAUGGUCACAUAAUGGGAAAUACUUCGCUAGGAUGGCUACAGAUAGUAUUAGUGUCUAUGAAACACCAUCUUUUGGAUUGAUAGACAAAAAAAGUCUCAAGGUAGAAGGUGUCAAGGAUUUCCAAUGGUCUCCUUCUGAUAAUUACAUUGCGUACUGGACGCCAGAAGACAAGGACACACCAGCUAGAGUAACCAUUAUGCAAAUACCAGACAGAAAGGAGAUUAGAGUCAAGAAUCUCUUUAAUGUUUCAGAAUGUAAAAUGUACUGGCACAACAAGGGAGACUACUUGGCAGUUAAGGUUGACAGAAACACCAAAAGUAAAAAAGCUCUGUACUUCAACUUUGAGUUGUUUAGAAUGAGAGAAAGGCAGAUUCCUGUUGAAAGUCUUGAAAUGAAAGAGGCAAUUAUUGCAUUUGCGUGGGAACCUGGCAGUUCAAAGUUCUGUAUUCUUCAUGGUGAAGCACCAAGAAUAUCAGCUAGUUUCUAUGACAUGGAGAUCCAAGGCAGUGUAGAACUACAAAAAACCUAUGAAAGAAGACAAGCUAAUAAUAUAUUCUGGUCACCGAAUGGUCAGUUCUGUGUCUUAGCAGGUCUACAAAGUAUGAAUGGUAUUCUAGAGUUCCAUGACACAACUGACUGGGUCUGUAUGAACCAAGCUGAGCACUUCAUGGCAACAGAUGUCGAAUGGGAUCCUACUGGUAGAUUUGUGGCUACCUCUGUCAGCUGGUGGGCACAUAAGGUUGAUAAUGGCUACUUCAUCUGGUCCUUCCAAGGCAAACUACUCCAGCGACAUGUCUUGGAUCAAUUCUGUCAGUUGCUAUGGAGACCAAGACCGCCUACGCUUCUGGAUGAAGAGGCUCAGAAGAAACUUAAGAAAGAAAUGAAGAAAUACCAAAAGACGUUUGAGAUCAAAGAUCGUAUGAGUCAGUCCAGAGCUUCGAAGGAAAUCAUCGAGCGUCGUCGACGCAAGUUGAAAGAGUUUGAGGUGUAUCGUCAGAAGAAGAUCACCGAGUAUCAAGAGACCAAGAGGCAGCGUAUGGAUUUGCGUCAAGGUUUGGAAACAGAUUCAGGUGAAGGUAUUUCAAAGGAAGUAGAUGUGGAACGUAUUGAAUUCUUUGUCAAGGAAGAAGUAAUCGAAGUCGAAGAGUAGAUUCACUCUCAACCAAGAAUAUCGUCCGCCAUUUUAUCUUGUCAAUCGACCGAUUAUUCGUUCUUGAAGUGAAUUCAUUCAAAGUAUCUUAUUGCAUAUCUUCCUUGGAGUGUGAAAUCUUGUGUUUGGGUCUUGACUGACGCGAGGUUUUCAACUUGAUUUGAUCAUAUUAUUGUAGGGUUUUGUCUAAAUUUAUCUCGAAGGAAAAAGAAAAUCUUACGCUCCCUAAUUUUUCAAAUAUCUUGUCCCGUUUUAGAAAUUUUUUCGUGUUUAAAAAAAUUAAAAAUAAUAAUGGUAAUAACAAGAAUUAAUCCCGUUUUCAAAUAUAAAUGUCAGGAUCUUUAUCAACUAGUUGCUUGUAUCACUUCACAGAUUCCAUUAUUUUGCUUAGUUCAAUUGAUUUAUCUAUUUUUCUUGCCCCUUUUUGCUUAUUUUUUAAUGAUAACGAGAAAAACGAGUUUCUUAACUUAUUUAGGUAAAAAGAAAACCAAAUAUUUACCAAAUAAGAAAAAAGGGGAAUAUAUAAUUAGAAAAUUUAGAAUAUUAACACUAUUGGUUAAAAUAUGUUAUCAUAAGUGUAUUAUUAGACUGUUAUUAAAAUGGCAUACCCUACGAAUCAAA